AUGGAAAAUGGUGAACGUACUGAGAGUGGUAUAAGAGAUGAAAUAUUACAGGAAGAUUCCAACAAUCAACAUAAUCGAGUUCAAGAUGAUUUGCCGAGGAGAGUUUGGAUCGAAUCAAAAAAACUAUGGCAUAUUGUUGGUCCAUCAAUCUUCAGUCGUAUUGCUUCUUAUUCCAUGAAUGUUGUCACCCAAGUUUUUGCUGGUCAUUUGGGCGACCUUGAGCUUGCUUCCAUUUCCAUUGCCAAUACUGUUAUCAUUGGUUUUACCUUUGGCUUAUUGUUGGGAAUGGCGAGUGCAUCAGAGACUUUGUGCGGGCAAGCAUAUGGAGCUAAACAACACCGCAUGUUAGGAAUUUACUUGCAACGUUCAUGGGUUGUUUUGACUCUCUGUGCGAUUUUACUUUUACCAAUUUACAUAUUCGCUGCACCAAUUCUUAAAUUUCUCGGACAACCAGAUGAUCUAGCUAAUUUAACAGGCCGAGUGACUAUCUGGAUGAUUCCUCUUCAUUUCGCCUUCGUUUUCCAGUUCUCAUUACAAAGAUUUCUUCAGAGUCAACUAAAGACACUUAUUAUUGCCUGGGUUUGCUUGGCAGCUCUAGUUGUUCAUAUAUUUCUGAGCUGGUUAUUCAUUUACAAACUUGGUUUUGGUGUUAUUGGAGCUGCUGCUACUAUGAAUUUCUCGUGGUGGAUUACGGUUUUGGGCUUGUUCUAUUAUGUUGCUCUUGGCGGCUGCCCUGAAACAUGGACAGGUUUUUCUAUCGAAGCCUUUUCUGGCCUUUGGGACUUUUUCAAACUCUCUGCAGCUUCUGGUGUCAUGAUAUGUGUGGAAAGCUGGUAUUACAGAAUUCUGGUUUUAAUGACCGGAAGCUUGAACAACGCUACAAUUGCCGUCUCAGCUCUUUCAGUGUGUAUGGUCAUAAAUGGACUGGAGAUGAUGAUUCCUCUUGCUUUCUUGGCUGCAACCGGAGUAAGAGUUUCAAAUGAGCUUGGAGCAGGGAAUGGAAAAGCUGCGAAAUUUGCUUCGACAGUUUCGGUGAUCACGUCUUUGAUAAUAGGGGUUUGCUUUAGUACCCUGAUAAUGAUUUUUCAUGAAAAGCUGGCAAUGUUUUUCACCUCAAGCCAUGCCAUUCUCCAAGCAAUUGAUAAGCUUGCAUACCUAUUGGCCAUCACCAUUCUCCUCAACAGUAUUCAGCCAGUACUCUCUGGCGUCGCCAUUGGAGCAGGGUGGCAAGCCUGGGUAGCUUAUGUAAGUCUCGGCUGCUACUAUAUUGUCGGGCUUCCACUUGGAGCUGUCCUUAGAUGGGUUUUCCAUCUAGGUGUUCAAGGUAUAUGGAGUGGGAUGAUAGGUGGUACUGCCCUUCAAACCUUGAUUUUGAUUAUAAUCAGCAUUAGGUGUGAUUGGGAUGUGCAGGCUGAAAAGGCAAACUCGCGAAUGAAGAUGAUGGCAGCAGCUUCAUCUUCUGAACCAGAGCAACAAAACUCUUCGAGUCAAACUGGACCACCCUGCAAUUAAGCAACGCUGAAGCUGAGGUGAUGGUAGAUGGAAUAUAUGAGUUAUACUGCGGCAAUGCUAGAAAUAUAACUUAGACAAAAAAGCAAUAAAGCAAAUUGUUUUUCGAAAGUAAGUCAAAGAACACAGACUAGCUAGCAGUUACAUAACCUUAAUAAUGUG